AUGCCGCAGGCCAGCGCACUGCCCGUAUGGGCUGAGCUUCAGAAGCACCGCGACACCGUCGGCAAGGCGUUUGUCCUCAAGGAGGCGUUUGCCGAAGACCCGAAGCGUUUUGACAAGUUCACACGGGUGCUCAAGCUUCCCGCCAGCAUCUCGAGCAACGAUGGCGAGACUGAGAUCCUGUUCGACUUCAGCAAGAACUUUCUGACGGGGGAGACCCUGGCUCUGCUGCUGAAGCUGGCCACCGAGGCCAAAGUCGAGGAGAAGCGCGAGAGCAUGUUCAAGGGCGAGAAGAUCAACUUCACCGAGGACCGUGCCGUCUACCACACUGCUCUGCGCAACGUCGGCUCGGAGCCCUGGACCAUGACCGUCGAUGGCGUCGACGUAGUCAAGACCCCUGGUGGCGUUGCUGACGUACUCGACCACAUGAAGGAGUUCAGCGAGGAGGUCCGCAGUGGCUCCUGGAAGGGCUAUACCGGCAAGAAGUUGACCAACAUCGUCAACGUCGGCAUUGGUGGUUCUGACCUGGGCCCUGUGAUGGUGACCGAAGCCCUGAAGCACUACGGUGCGCCUGGCAUGACACUGCACUUUGUGUCCAACAUUGACGGCACCCACAUGGCCGAGGCGCUGGCGGCAUCUGACCCAGAGACGACGCUCUUCCUCAUCGCUUCCAAGACGUUCACAACGGCGGAGACGACCCGGAACGCCAACACGGCCAAGGACUGGUUCCUCGAGAAGACCGGCGGCAAGGGCGAAAUUGCCAAGCACUUUGUGGCUCUGUCCACCAACGAGAAGGAGGUGACCAAGUUCGGCAUUGACAAGAAGAACAUGUUCGGGUUUGAAUCGUGGGUUGGCGGCCGCUACUCUGUGUGGAGUGCUAUUGGCCUGUCCGUCAGCCUGUACGUCGGCUUCGACAAUUUCCACAAGUUCCUGGCCGGCGCCCACGAGGUUGACAAGCACUUCCGCACCACACCGCUCGAGGACAACAUUCCUGCCAUUGCCGGUCUUCUGAGCGUCUGGUACUCUGACUUUUUCAACGCCCAGACGCACCUCGUUGCUCCGUUUGACCAGUACCUCCACCGCUUCCCAGCCUAUCUCCAGCAGCUGUCUAUGGAGUCCAACGGCAAGACGGUGACGUCUGACGGCAGCGCGGCCAGCUACACCACGGGUGCCAUCCUUUUCGGCGAGCCCUGCACCAAUGCGCAGCACUCGUUCUUCCAGCUGGUGCACCAGGGCACUAAGCUGAUCCCCACCGACUUCAUCCUUGCUGCCAAGUCGCACAAUCCGAUCUCAGACAACAUCCACCAGAAGAUGCUGGCUUCCAACUACCUGGCGCAGGCUGAGGCCCUGAUGGUCGGAAAGACGGCUGACCAGGUACGCGCCGAGGGCGGCGUGUCGGAGGCGCUGGUGCCGCACAAGGUAUUUAUGGGCAACCGGCCGACGACGAGCAUUCUUGUCAGCGGCGUGAUCGGCCCGGCCGAGCUGGGCGCUUUGAUCGCGUACUACGAGCAUGUCACCUUCACCGAGGGUGCUGUCUGGGACAUCAACUCGUUUGACCAGUGGGGUGUCGAGCUGGGCAAGGUGCUUGCGAAGAAGAUUCUUCAGGAGAUUGACGAGCCGGGCAACGGCACGGGCCACGAUACGUCAACCGGCGGCUUGCUGUCUGCGUUCAAGAAGUAUGCUACGAUCUAA